AUGCAAACAGUAUGGUCUCGGUCAAUACGGCCACAGAACACUCGUUGCAUCCCUUGUAGCACCCAAAUCCCUAGCACGUUGUCUCGUCGAACUACAACUGGGAUAUUCCGAAAACAACUCAAUGCGGGCGAUGCCUUCACUCUACUCCUCGGCCCUGUUCUCGGCGGCGCCUUUGUUGCGGAUGCGAAGGCGAAGGAUAAGCGGCGAAGACAAUGGGACGAGAAGAUCGCUGCAGCGCAGGCAGAGGUCGAGGAGAUGCGUCGAAACGAGGUCAAACCUUAUAGCAGCACAAGAAGAAAUCUGAGAAGGCUUCCUGCGCUCAGUCGUAGUUACAGCUCUGCGUCAGCAAUCCGUCUCACAGUGACAGACGAAGAAGACUCGAUUGAAGCUGUUGAUUACUCGUCUACGCUUGGACCUGACCAGCAAGACCUUCUUAGUACACCAAUUGCUCAAAGCCACGACGGUGGGCCAGGCCACGAGUUCUCAGAGGGGCUCAAUGAGUCUAAUCUGGUCCAAAAGAGUAUCGAUAAAUGCAAGCGUCUACAAAGACUGGUUGCUAUCAAGCUUGCCAUCAGGAUGAUUCUGCAUAUACACAUCGGCAAGAGUCCGCGUUAUAUCUGUAACAGCGCCGACUAUGUCUAUGAACCAGGUCAUUUGCCUCAAAAUGCCAACGAACUAAUUCGACAUCUGAAGCGGGUCAGAAAUAGCUUGAGGUUGAUGAACUCGGAGGAUCUACGUUCAUCUUGGAGAGCAUAUCAGAUCCUUACGAGGAGAGACACAUGCAAACUUGAUCAAGACAUUUGCGACCUGGCAGGGCAGUUAAGGCGCGGCGAGAUAAGUGUGGCGCAGUUGGUAGAGCAAUUCGCAGCAAAAGUAUUAUCCUCGCCCGAAUCGCCUACUGUCCGUGGAUACAUCCCUUUGCUUAGCGCUCUCUCUCAGGCGCGAUUCGAUGAAUUGGGCUUUAUGAUCGAUGGUACUAUGAUAGAGGCUCGACUUCCGUAUGACCGACAUGCAGUCUUCAUUCUAUUAUGGCAGUAUGGCAAGAACAAAGAGUCGCACUAUUUUGACCGCCUACUGAAGAAGCUGACCACAGAUAGCGCAAAGGCUCAAUUUGGAGAGCAAUGGGAAUGGAGAACUAUCAACCACACACUUAUUCCAGUUCCUCCAUCAAGAGACCCACAAAUCUUGCAAAUCCUGAUCUAUACUGCGUUAAAGUGCAAUCAGCCGCAUCGGGCUGAAGCGUGGUCGACGAUGCUGGGUUAUGCACGUACUGGUAAUAUGUGGCUCUCACAUGUCAUACGCAACUUCUUGAAAUAUUAUUCGGUGCACAAAAAUUGGCAUAAAGGUCAGACCUGGAUGGAAACGGCAUUGGACCAAGCAGAAAUCCUUGCUGGCCAAGGCGUUCGUCACCUUCAGCGGAUAGUAUUCGCCAUGUUGGACUGUUGUGCAUCCCAUGGGAAACGUAGCUUAUAUCGAGAUAUACUACGCGCAGCGGUCCAGUGUCGCUUAGGGGUAUAUAGUGCUGAUCUGGGUCUUGCUUUGCCACAAAGAUCGGCGGACAUACUUCGAGAGUGGCAAUCUUAUCAUGAGCUGGUCUACAAUGGUGAGACUGAAGCUCUCUCAUCCGUCCAAAAGGCACGAAUGUUUGCUCGGAAGCUCGGACACAUUCGCAAACUCGGGCCUGAGGAAAAAAAUGCCUCUAACCGUGCUCGACCUGUUGACGAUAAGGAGGAAGCAGGAAGGGGCGGCAACACCAGGAGCUCUGCAGAAGGCUUGUCGGAGCUUUUGGUAGAUGUCGAUACACACCCUGAGGAGGGCUCGGCCACCUCCAAUUCCGCUCAUGAUGAGGCUGAGGCUGCCCCAUGGAAAGAAUUAUGUCGUCAACAGCAAACUCAGCUGGACUCGCUCAGGCGACAACUUGAAGCAUUGAGAUCUGGACAGGACUUGGACCCCGCUUCGAUGGGGAGGGAACAUGACAAGCAUCCCUCAAGAACCGAGGAAAAGAGCACAAAGGUUUUUCAAGGCAUUGCAUUUCGUGCACCUGAUUCGCAAAUCUUUCCCAAGACGGAAGGAGAACUUAAUAUAACGGCCUCAAUGAAAGUACCUUCACUUGCAUGGCGUCCAAUCUCAUCCACAAGCAGGUCCAAGAACAUCCAAAACGAGUCAAACAACAUUUCCUCCUUGCCGCUGCCUUCACAGAAAAAAGAAAAAAACCAGCUCCUAUCCAAGAAUUCCCCAAGAGAUGUAACGAGUAAAAAGGCCGCCGCCAUAUUCACUGUCCCCAAGACCCUCGCCUCGCUCCAAAAAGAAACAGAAGUCUCUCCAGCCGGACCUACCAGACCCAAACCCACACUUCGCUUCCACCCACCUCGUGCAAAGCGAACGGGCUCCCAGCUCCAGGAGCUACGGCAGCAGAAACUAGCUCGCAGUCCUGAUACCCAAGCACCGAUCACCCCAGCGCCUCUCUCAUCCGAGUCGGAGGAAGAAGAGAAGAAGAAGAUAGCACCUCCUCACGCCACGCAUCCGGAAGCACCAACCGCCCCUUCGACCCCCGUACCCACACAGGCCGGAGAAGAGAAGACGGCACCUCCCAUCACCCCUACAACAUUGCAGCCUCCGUCACUUCUCCCGCCAUAUCGAAUACUCAGGAUCCAGGAGUCUGGCUCGAGGCCGGAAGAAGCGGAAAACAUGCCCACGGCAAGGAGGGAUGGCAUUCUUCGCUUGGACUUGGGAGUGGAGGGGAGGGGGGAGGCGUUACUGUAG